GACACGGAGUUUCUGACUCAAUUAGGUGGACAGCUCUCCUCUCCGAGUCUCUUGGAGAUGACUGGAGCUCUCAGGGACGUUCUUGUUCUAGGAUUUCUUACAAAUAACAUAUCUAUUUUGUGGCUCCAUACCGCUCAUUUACUUCAUCUUAACCACUAUAAUGAUGCUCCUCUCUCUGCUUCCCUUGUUCCUAGUGUAUUUGGGAUGGGACCUUCAGUACUCCCAGCUAUCUUCUUCGGUCUUUAGGACUAACCCUAAGAGGCCGCGAGGACUGGGCCAACAGGUGUUGUCACUUGCGACCUGUUUCACUGACUGAUCAGAGUGGCUUGUUGGUUGGCUUCUUGCUACUAACAGCAAUGUUGGCAGCUGUGAGUUGUCAUGGUGGUCCUGUUGAUUGUCACACAUUCAUUUUGACAUAUUUGCCCUUUAGAACUUGGGUACAAUACUAAAAGAUCUAGUUUACAGAAAGUUUUUUUUUUUUAAACUGGAUUAAAUAUCUGACAUUUUUUCAUAGAAACGUGGCAAGGUCCAAGCCUUAAGGACAACCGGAUAAAAGAACAUGGGAGACCGUGAAGCGGACAACCAGGAAAGGCCAGUCGGCUGACGGUGUGGCAAUCAUCCCUGUGUUGCAGAGAACCCUUCACUACGAAUGCAUCAUUCUGGUGAAGCAGUUCCGACCCCCGAUGGGAGGCUACUGCCUAGAAUUCCCCGCGGGUCUCAUCGAUGACAACGAAAGCCCAGAAGCAGCUGCUCUUCGGGAACUCGAGGAGGAAACCGGCUACAAGGGCGACGUUGCUGACUGCUCUCCAGCUGUGUGCAUGGAUCCAGGCUUGUCAAACUGUACCACACAUAUCGUGACCGUAACUAUCAAUGGAGAUGACGCUGAAAAUGUAAGGCCUAAGCCAAAGCCAGGAGAUGGAGAAUUUGUGGAAGUAAUUUCCUUACCAAAGAAUGACCUGCUGAAUAGACUUGAGGCUCUGAUAGCUGAAGAACAUCUGACGGUGGACGCCAGAGUCUAUUCCUACGCUCUGGCAUUGAAACACGCAAACACGAAGCCGUUUGAGGUGCCCUUCCUGAAGUUUUAAGGCCGAAGGACAGUAGCCGUCCUUUUGUAAACAGGACACCAGGCCUCCUUCACUGAGACUUCACAAUCAGCUUAGUUGUAAUGGAGAACUGAAAUUAGCUUUUUCUUAAAAUAAAACAACACAGAAUGCAUGUGGUGGUAUGGAAUUGUAAUUACAGGUAAGCUGUAGCCAUCAUUUAAAUGCCAGACUCUAGCUCAUAUUAACAGAGAAGAACACAAAAUGCUGGUAUGUUAAAUCCAGCUGUUAAAAAAAAAAGCUAUUAUUUUUCUAAUCUAAUCCAAGAGAUAAUGAGAAUAGUCCUGAAUUCCAAAUUAGGUCAGUUCUUCCCAGUCCCCACUAAAAACUAUGUAUGUAAAUAACCAUUUACGGUGUCAGGUUUUUUUUUUAAAGCUCUAUCUGUAUAGGGACUUUUUUGGCCUCUCCUGACUGAAUUAUCUACUAUAUGGAAUUAAUCUGCAUAGCAGAGAUUAAGAUAAGACUAACAUUUGUGGUAAGCAGAUGUUUCCACUUAGAUGUCCCUAACAGCCACCUACCUGCAGGAGGUUGACCAGCUCUUACAUAAUGAAAAAUGGUAGAUUCAUUAAUAAAAAAAUAUAGGGCCCUGCUCUCAAGCAUGUGUAUAUACUUUAGAAUCUCAUUUCCUAUCCUCACCUCAAAAAGUACUUAGUUUCUAAAAACCAAAUCCCUGGCAUCAAGAUUUACAUGAUUUGGGGCACUGUCGGUGGCUCAGAUGGUAAAGAAUCUGCCUGCAGUGCAGGAGACCUGGAUUCGAUCCCUGGGUUGGGAAAAUCCCCUGGAGAAGGAAAUGGCAACCCACCCCAGUAGAAUUGCCUGGAGAAUUCCAUGGACAGAGGAGCCUAGUGGGCCACAGUCCAUGGGGUCGCAAAGACUCGGACUUGACUAAGCGACUUUCUUUCACUUGGUGUUGAACCAUGAGUGUAGCCAACAUGGUGAGCAAGUAUGUAUGUUCUUUAAAGGAACAUACGGGGGAUUGUUUCUGGCUCACAUCCCACCCCCCAUCCUCAAGGUACACCAGUGUCACUGGCCAUCUUCUUACCUCUCAAGCUUGGCUCCUGUGUGGCCUCCAGCGUCUCCAGCAUUACUGCCUCUUAGGUGCAUAAUUCUCUGGGUGAUUCUCAUUGGCUUCCCCUGAAUCUUGUUUCCAGCCCUGGACCCAGGGGUCAGCCAGGCCCUUGAGAACCACAUAAAAUCAGGGGACUGAUGACAAAAAUGCCAGAAUAUAGUUUGUCUACAGGUUCACUGUCUUACCUAGAGGUAUUUUUAUGAGCAAAAAUAGAUGUUUAUAUUGUAUUUCCUAAACAAGGAUGGGAAGAAUUGUGGAACCAGUGAACUGUAUGUAUCGUCUCCUCUCUGUAUGAAUACUGUGAAGAUUUCAGCCCCAACUAGUUGCUCUAAUGGUAGCUUUCCCCCGGUGCCUUUAAAAAAAGUCCUUAUUUUUAAUCAUUGGCAUCAUGAUUCUCCAGAGACUGUAGUCCUUUCCCGUGAGGACUCAAGGCUCUUGUCGUUACUCCUUCAAAAUCAGGAGGCGCUGAGGGACACAGAAAAUACGCAGGCCCAAGCACAGACCCAUCUCCAAACAGGCCAACUCUUGCAAGACCACUCCCAUGGCAACUGAUAAAGCUACUCUAAAAUGCUGAUGGAGGGGAGAGACUUGUAACCCCACCUGUCCUUUAUGCCUUUUCCUUAGGUCACAGUUUAGAACUGACAGCUAAAUCCUAGAAUAUCCCCCUAACGCAGUGUAUGUUCUCCGUAUCAAAGGCUAUGCUUUGGAAAGUUGGUCAGUUUGAGAAGUGGCAAUCUGUUUUCACUGGCUGGUCCUCUUGUUUCAGUGUUUACAAGUUGAAAGUUUAGAUUAAAAGCAGUAUUUCCACCUUCUCUGGGGAUAAACAACUGUAACACUGGGUCAUAUUUCCAUGGUAACAGUGGUCCAAGGCCCCCAGGAGAUGCUUUCCAAUAGACAUGGCUCCUGUUCCUAUCUACCUGUAUUUUCUCUGCCUCCUUGCUCUUAAAAUUAGUUGGCUUUGUGAUCCUCAGCUAAAGGAAAUAAACUUCCUGUACUUACUAAGAAAGUCAGCCACGACAGAAAACCAUACUAAUGAGAAAGACAUCUUUGAAAAAUCACGUUUGAUCUUUUUGGACAACAAAGCACAAUAAAUAAAAAUGAAUUACUUACUGUGCUGCUUCAAAUACAGGCUGGGACACUGAGAACAUUUUUUCCCUGUUCUUUCCAAAUGUCAGUCACAAAACUAAGCGCUUUUUUGUUGGUCACUGUCCCUCCAUAUUUUUAGGAUUAAACUAAUACAUUUGCAACAGAUAUCUCAGGAUGAAUUCUGUAUGAAUACAAUGGAUCUAUACAAGUAAUCUUAGAAAUCUUUUAAUAUCAGACUUUAUUUUUCCAACACAACUGAAAGUUUUAUUAAAUAAAAUUUUAUUGUCUACUGUUUA